GAAGCCCAGCACCCGGCCCAGUCCCCAAAGACCGCCUACGACUCUACAGUAUGAGAUUCUGCCCUUUUGCCCAGAGGACCAGAUUAGUGUUGAAUGCCAAAGGGAUCAAGUACGAUACCAUCAACAUCCACCUGAAAAACAAACCCGACUGGUUCCUUGAGAAGAACCCGCUUGGUCUUGUUCCAGCGCUGGAGACACCUGCUGGUGAAGUGAUCUGUGAUUCUCUGAUCACCUGUGAGUACCUGGACGAGGUGUAUCCUGAGAAGAAGCUSCURCCAGCCUCUCCUUWUGCUAAAGCCCAGCAAAAGAUGAUGCUGGAGUAUUUUUCCAAGGUACUACCAUACAUUUACAGGAUCCCAACAGCGAGACUGAAGAAUGAAGACACGUCCGGACUGGAGGCCGAGCUGAAAGAGAAGUUGAUCAAAUUUAAUGAAGAUUUGAAGAAGAAAGACACAAGAUUCUUUGGUGGCGAUGCCAUCACAAUGAUCGACUACAUGAUGUGGCCAUUUUUUGAGAGACUUGAGGUGGUUGAGUUGCAUCACCUCCUGGACGACACACCUGAGCUGAAGAAGUGGACWGAGUGCAUGUUUGAGGACCCAGCUGUUAAAUCCGUCUUGCACAGCGUGGAUACCCACAGGGGCUUUAAUAAAGGUUAUCUUGCUGGAACCCCCAACUUUGACUAUGGCCUUUAGAAAACAGCUAAUGUUCAUUUAUCUUUGUUCCAAAUCAGGACCGUCUGUUCUUGUGUUGGAGGUUAUUGAAGUCAGUUUGAUAAUCUGUUUGAAUCGGCCUCUUUCUUAAAAUAAAAAUAAACAUGUAAUCCCUCUGUUUUAAACCUGAGUUUUUUUUAAUAAUAAAAUUUGACUUAAUAAAUCCCUAUACCCAA